AAGGCCUGGCGUCCCUUCGAGCCGUCGUCGGCAUCAAAGGACUCACCUCCCUCAUUUCCCCCACUCAGUCUCCCAUCUUUCUCCUCUUCUCAUUCCCUUCCCCACCACCCUCCUCCCCUCCCGCACCAGCCUUGGUGCGCCAUAACCCAGAAGGCCUGGAGUCCCUUCAAGCCAUCGUCGGCAUUAAAGGACUCACCUCCCUAAUCACCUCCGCGGCCCAACCCACCACCAACACCACCACCAGCACCACCACCGACAGCACCAGUGGCGCCAUCACCAAGCUCCUACUUAAAGCCCUGCAUCUCACGCUCUACUUCCUGCAGCAGUGCCCCUCUGACCGCCCCCUGGCUCUCUCCUCAGGGCUUCUCACCUCGCUGCUACAGCCGGGGAUUGUAGGGUCCCAGGAUGGGGAUAAGCGCCAAGGUUCAGGUGGAAACUCAGGUGGUUCAGACGGGGUAUCAGAGCCAGAUGCUGGGAAUCUACAGGAGGAGCUGGAUGCCUUGCUGGCGACGAGACGCGCUCUGAUUGGCCGAAAGAUGGCUGUCGCCAGGGGGGAGAGUGGAGGUGGGGGAAGUGGGGGAGCAGCAGGUGCUGUUGGGGGAGGGGAAGCAGGAGCAGGAGCAGCAGCAUGA